GUGUCAGUUUACGGCAACAUGGCAGCCUGCUGGCCUGAAGUCAUGGCCGGCUGGAGCGUCGGGUAGCACGGACGCUAGAUCGCAUCCAUAGAACGUAUGAUCGAACACCCAGUACCUAUGUCCAAUACACGCGGUGACGUCAUCACGAGCACACUGCGCAGGCGUGGACACGUGUAUCGGGUGUGAUCUAGCAUUUACCCUAAAGCUGAGAUUCUCUCGGCUCUGAGCGUCUUAAAUUUAAACAUGAAAACGGGUACGAAUCGCACGAUAGCAGCAGGUCGGUAACGGAAGGCUCGUGGAGAUGAUGUUGUUGUGUUUUCGGAGACUUUCCGCGCCGUUGUGUCGCGACGCAGCAAAUGUUCGCUGUCUGUUGUCCGCGCAGUGUGCGGGUGUGUGUCGGCUCGAGCCCGCGUCAUGGCGGCACAGACACGCACCUGUCACCGACUGCGCGAGGUUGAAACAGUCUCCGGUUAGCGGCUCGUGGGUCUUCAGAGUGAAUGGGACGGACGGCCGCGUUGCGUGUUGGAGCGGGAUCCUCCAGCAGGUGAAAGCGACACCCUGGCGAACGCAAGGAACCGUACACCGGGGAGGUCACGAGAGGUCGGAGACCAGCUUCAAGUCUCUGCUGUCUCCUAAAGCUCGUGGGCUUUGCAGCGGAAAGACCAAGGAGUCACCAGCGGACCGGAAUGAAGCCAGUCCGGUACCGGGAGAGGGCCUCUUCAAGUUCAAAGAGCUGUAUGAGAACCCGUGGACCAUCCCCAACUUCUUGUGCGUGUGUCGGAUUCUGCUGGCUCCGUACUUGGGUCAUCUGAUCAUCCAGCAGCACUUUCACCUCAGCCUCGCUCUCUUCACGCUGGCUGGAGCAACUGACCUGCUGGAUGGUUACAUCGCCAGAACGUGGCCGAGUCAAAAGUCAGCGUUGGGCAGCGCUCUCGACCCAUUGGCUGAUAAGAUUCUCAUCAGUAUUUUGUAUCUCAGUCUCACCUAUGCUGAACUUAUACCAGCUCUGCUGACAGCGCUAGUGAUUUCCAGAGACAUUGGUUUGAUAGCUGCUGUCUUCUGGGUUAGAUACAAGACUGUACCUCCACCGGUGACCCUUAGCAAGUUUUUUAACCCCUGCUACACCACAGCACAGCUCAAGCCCACGCUCUUCAGCAAGGUGAACACGGCCAUCCAGCUCCUUCUGGUUGCAUCUUCCCUGGCUGCUCCAGUCUUUCAGUACACAGACCACAUCCUGCUGCAGGGCUUAUGGUAUGUUACCGCGGUGACCACAGCGGCGUCGGGCUAUAGCUACUGGCACUACGGCCGCAAGACCGUCCAGGUGCUCAACACCAGAUCACAGUGACAACCAUACCAAGGAAUGUCC